CCCCCCGCCCGGUCGCUUUCUUCCUAGUUCCUACCCUAUUACCAAAGCCAGAGCCAGCCAUGGCAUCGCCUUGUCCGUUUCCGCGCCGUGUUUAUUCGCCGGGGACCGCGAUUCCAUUGCGCUCUGCUCUCUCCGGUCUCUAGGUAGUGGUGGCCGUCCGUCCUCGCUCGCUAGCCGGUCCUACCCCGCUCGUCCGUGAGCGAGCGGCGUGGCUGAUUGGGUUCCGUCGGUAGGGUCGGGUCGGCAGAUUGGGUUCCGUCCUAUCAUCAUCCUGUUCGGCGACCUGGGUAGAACUAAAGCGUCGCGUGAAAUGCCACGGCCUCCUGGAGGUGUCCGCCUCGGUGUCCACCAGGCAAUGAUGCUCCUCUGAUUCUCUCCACCCGUGGCCGUGGCGCCCGUCCGUCUACAAGUACCACCUGGCCGCGCGGUUGAUUCCAGACGGCACUCCACUACCCUUUGUUUAGGCCGCCGAGUUGAGUUGGGUUCCAAAUCUUGGUCUGGUUGGGGAGUAACCGUUGUCCCUCGAUCUUGAUUCGAUGGAAAGCAAUAAUCCAUCACAUUCUCAGAUUGCUGAAGUGAAGAUGGACAUCUCAGCAUCAGCUUCUGGAGCAGCAGGGUACAAAUUCUGCAAAGGUGCUGCCUGUGAUUUCUCUGAUUCCAGCAACUCCUCGAAAGAUGCCAAGGAGAGAUCCGCGUCCAUGAGGAAGCUUAUAAUUGCAGUGAUCCUUUGCAUCAUAUUCAUGACGGUGGAAGUGGUUGGGGGCAUCAAAGCAAACAGUCUUGCCAUCUUAACUGAUGCAGCACAUCUUCUUUCUGAUGUGGCAGCAUUUGCCAUAUCAUUAUUCUCUCUCUGGGCUGCUGGAUGGGAAGCAACACCGCAGCAGUCUUAUGGGUUCUUUCGAAUUGAGAUCCUUGGUGCCUUGGUCUCCAUUCAGCUCAUAUGGCUACUUGCUGGCAUCCUCGUAUAUGAGGCUAUUGUAAGGCUCAUUAAUGAGAGUGGCGAAGUGCAGGGCUCCCUGAUGUUUGCUGUGUCGGCGUUUGGAUUGUUAGUCAACAUUGUAAUGGCUGUAUUGCUAGGCCAUGACCAUGGGCAUGGCCAUGGACACAGCCAUGGACAUUCACAUGACCAUGGUCAUGGUGAUUCAGAUGAUGACCAUUCCCACCAUGAAGAACAAGAACAGGGCCAUGUUCAUCACCACGAGCACGGACAUGGAAGUUCUAUUACUGUUACAACACAUCACCACCACCACCACCACUCAGGCACUGGACAACAUCAUGAUGUUGAGGAGCCACUGAUUAAGCAUGAGGCUGACUGUGAGGGUACCCAAUCUGCUGCCAAAGCUGCUAAGAAGCCUCGACGUAAUAUAAAUGUACACAGUGCUUAUCUUCAUGUGCUUGGGGACUCCAUCCAAAGCAUCGGAGUGAUGAUCGGUGGGGCUAUCAUCUGGUACAAGCCUGAGUGGAAGAUCAUUGAUCUCAUCUGCACCCUCAUCUUCUCGGUGAUUGUGCUGUUCACCACAAUCAGGAUGUUGCGCAACAUCCUUGAAGUCCUGAUGGAGAGCACACCCCGCGAGAUCGACGCCACCAGGCUGCAGAGGGGGCUCUGCGAGAUGGAAGGGGUGGUUGCCGUCCAUGAGCUGCAUAUCUGGGCCAUCACAGUGGGGAAGGUGCUCCUGGCUUGCCAUGUGACAAUCGCCCGGGAAGCAGAUGCUGAUCAGAUCCUCGACAAAGUAAUUGGGUACAUCAAGACGGAGUACAACAUCAGCCAUGUGACCAUUCAGGUCGAGCGUGAAUAGGGGAUUGUCUUUUGGCUGUCAGGAGGCAUAAAUGGCGUCACGUCUUCACUGGUUAUCUUAUUUGUGUCGGUUAAAACUAGUUUUUUGCACCUGGGAAGUUCAUCAGGGAUUCGAGCUUUGAUGCUGGGUAGUGUCAUCUAUUACUAGUCUAUUAGUCGGAGGAAUUAUUUGGGUGGUGGUAGGCGUCAGUCGGUGCAUAAACAUGGAUGAAAUUUUCAGUCAUGCUGUUGACAGCAUUGUGGUUCAUCGAACUGCAUCUGUAGUUUAGUACGCUGUGUCAUCACCUUUUGUGUAAGGUAACGUUUCUGUGGUAUGGAAGAUGUGAAGUUCGUGAUUGGCCUGUUACC